AAAAUUUAAAAUUCCACAUUAGAGGCUAAAGCGAAUAAACUGAUAAGAGAGGCUCUAAAAUCUUCACUUUCGCCUUUUCCCCAAGUAUUUGACAGCUCUCUGCCUUGCAUCGACUAGAAGAGAAGGAACAACACUCGUGUCUUGCUCUAUUUCUUUCCCACGAGUAAAGAGAAAGGAGAAAAAGGCAUUUUACAACAGAGCACCAAGGAGUCCGGAAUAUGAGCACGAUGGAGAAGGAGCAAGCCAAAGCGCCUGCCUCUAACACGUUCUUCAUAGAUGGCCACCUGAAGCAGUCGGGAGGAAAGAAAGACGGUGAAAGCAAGACAGAAACGGGAUCAUUUCGCACACACGUUAUAAAAGUUGAAGAUGAUGGCCAGAACGAGGUGAUAAGAGAGACAGAGAGGAGGUUAAGAGAAUCUCAUGCUCCUAGCAGCAAUAGCUACGAACAAAACAGUACCAGUACUAGACCCAGUAUUCAGAUAAAAGUUAAAAGUGAUGGAGACUCACUUGUUGGAGCUAAUUCUCCUGGCAAAGACUUGAGCAGGAAAGAAGAGACAAUGUUAGCCUUGAGCAGUCUUACCCCUCCCCCAGAACACAGGAGAUCACACUCGUUCACCGUCGAUCAUUUCAAAGGGAUCGGUAAUAAUAAUAAUAAUAAAGUCAAAGAGCCACAACAGCAGAACCUUCUCAGCCCUCAGAGACCCAAGAUCAAGCGAAGGGAGACAGUGGACACUCCAACCAUUACAAGAGAGGAGCAUGAAGACUACUCAAUGGUAAAUCAGUACAAGGUUGUUGAUAUUAUUGGACAUGUAAGUUCAAAUCUGCUGAAAUCACGUGUGUACUCAUCUCUAGCAAUUAGUUAUCAUAAUGUGAUGAUACAAGUGUUUCUCCUGUUUAUGGUUGUCAUGUUUAUAGUUUAUAUUUUAUUAUAUUUUGGUACCGUGUCCCACUUUGUCAGACAGUUCACUGAGUGCCAGUAA